ACUAACAAUAAUACUUGUAUCUUCUUCAGAAACCAUUCAAUCUCAAGCACACCUGGAUGGCAUAUUCUCUCUUCAAUUUUUUUUUUCAGUCUUAAAGAACUCUACUUAAGCAGCUGAACAGAUUUCAAGAAAUACAGACUAGCUUGAGUUAUCACAGUGCAGUGUAGUAGUGAUCAGCCAUGGCUGUUGCACUCGCGCUCUUGGCUGCCAUGUCGGCGCUCUCGUCGUGCACAAGUCCGGCCACCGCAGAGCUCACACGGCACGAGCACCCGGUGGCCGCCGGCGCGCCGCUGCGCCUCCUCGUCGUCGGCGACUGGGGCCGGAAGGGCGGCUACAACCAGACAAGAGUUGCAGAACAGAUGGGGAAGGUUGCGGAGGAGACGGAGAUCGACUUCGUCGUGUCAACCGGCGACAACUUCUUGGAGAACGGCCUCGCCGGCGUCGACGACAUGGCGUUCCAUGACUCCUUCAUGGAUGUCUACACGGCUCAGAGCUUGCACAAGCCAUGGUACCUUGUUCUUGGAAACCAUGACUACAGGGGAAAUGUGCUAGCACAGAUUGACCCAGCUCUGAGGAAGAUCGACAGCAGGUUCAUCUGCAUGAGAUCCUUCAUUGUCAGUGCAGGAAUUGUCGAUUUCUUCUUUGUCGACACGACCCCGUUUCAGCUCCAGUACUGGACUGAUCCUGGAGAAGAUCACUAUGACUGGAGGGGAGUCGCGCCUCGGGAUGCGUACAUCGCCAAUCUCCUCGAGGAUGUUGAUGCUGCAAUGAAGAAAUCAACUGCAACAUGGAAGAUAGCUGUAGGACAUCAUACCAUGAGGAGUGUGAGUGCCCAUGGAGACACCCAGGAGCUCCUUGAGCUUCUCCUUCCUGUCCUCAAGGAAAACGGUGUCGAUUUCUACAUCAAUGGGCAUGAUCACUGCCUGGAGCACAUCAGCAGCAGAAACAGUCCAAUUCAGUACUUCACUAGUGGAGGCGGAUCAAAGGCAUGGAGAGGCAUUUUUCAACAAAACGAAGACAAGCUCCAGUUCUUCUAUGAUGGACAAGGGUUCCUGUCACUUGAGCUCAGUGAGAACCGAGCUCGAUUCGCCUUCUACGACGUUUUCGGUGAAGCUUUGUACCACUGGAGCUUCAGCAAAGCUAAUCUGCAGAAGGUUCAGUCCUCUGCUAGUGUAACUGAAGAAUGAGAGAAGCUGGAGCCUUCAGAAUACAUUCCCACACAGCUGAGUAGAUGUCUACCUGCAUAAUUCUACUUGUACAAUUAUGUCACAUUGUGCUCAUCAAUACUGGAUUUGCUAUGAA